AUGAGUACUGGCGAUUUUUUGAACAAGGGCAUACAACUGGUGCAGCAAGCUGUGGACAAAGAUGUCGCGCAGCAGUACGACGAGGCGUACCGGCUGUACUACAACGGCUUGGACUACCUCAUGCUGGCAUUGAAGUACGAGAAGAACCCGAAGUCGAAGGAGUUCAUACGGUUGAAGUUCAAGGAGUACUUGAACCGAGCGGAGGAGUUGAAGAAGCACAUCAGUUCUGCGGACGCCGCACCAGGAGGCGCCGCUGGGGGGGACGGCUUCGAUGGCAGUGGUAAAUCUGUCACUGCUGCUGCUGCCACUGGAAACAGCACGGAAAACGAGAAGCUGCGGAACUCUCUGUCCGGUGUGAUUCUGUCAUCGAAGCCAAACGUGAAAUGGGACGAUGUGGCCGGUCUGGACGGUGCCAAGGAGGCCCUGAAGGAGGCGGUUAUCCUACCAGUUAAAUUCCCACAUCUGUUCAGUGGGAACAGGAAACCUACGAGUGGGAUUCUGCUGUACGGACCACCGGGGACCGGUAAAUCGUACUUGGCAAAGGCCGUCGCGACAGAAUCGAACUCUACAUUCUUCUCCGUUUCAUCUUCGGACCUUGUGUCGAAGUGGAUGGGUGAGAGUGAGAAGCUUGUGAAGCAGCUUUUCCAACUUGCCCGUGAGAACAAACCUUCGAUCAUUUUCAUCGAUGAAGUGGACGCACUGACCGGGCAGCGUGGGGAAGGUGAGAGUGAGGCCUCGCGUCGUAUUAAGACGGAAUUGCUUGUGCAGAUGAAUGGUGUGGGGAACGACUCACAAGGUGUUCUCGUGCUCGGCGCGACAAAUAUUCCCUGGCAGCUGGAUAGCGCCGUGAGAAGACGGUUUGAGCGGCGGAUAUACAUCCCUCUACCGGACCUUGUGGCACGUGUGCGGAUGUUCGAGAUAAACGUGGGGGACACUCCGUGUGAGCUGACGAAGCAGGACUACUCGCAGCUCGCGCAACUCACUGACGGGUACUCCGGUAGCGACAUCGCCGUUGUCGUGAAGGACGCCCUGAUGCAGCCGAUUCGUAAAAUCCAGCAGGCGACACAUUUCAAGGACGUCAGCGACGACCCAGCAGCACAGCACCAGUACACUCCAUGCUCUCCGGGGGACCCAGACGCAAGGGAGAUGUGCUGGGUCGACAUAGAGGCGGAUGAACUAUUAGAGCCGCAGUUGACGAUAAAGGACUUCUUGAAGGCGAUUAAGACGACGAGACCCACGGUCAACGAGCAGGAUCUGCUGAAGCAGGAGCAGUUCACCGCAGAUUUCGGCCAGGAAGGUAACUGA